GAAGGAAGAGAGGCAGCGUUAAACCAUCAGAGCCUCAGACAUGAAAGUCCAUCACACUCUGAUCUGCUUCUUUCUCACAGUGCUGCAGGAGACUGAUCUCAUCAAUGCAGAAACCUUCAUUCGUACUGAACCUGAAGGAGGAAACAUGACAGUCACAUGCACAUUUAACUUCUCUGGAAGCAAGAAGAUCUUCUGUAAGAAUGAAUGUACAGAAGACAAAGACAUUCUCAUUGAAACAGAAGAGAACAGAGCUCAGAGCGGCAGAUACAGCAUUGAAUAUAAAGAAGGAUUUUAUCCAGUAUCUUCUACACUUCUGUAUGUGACCAUCACACAGCUGACCAAGUCUGACUCAGGACGGUACAGAUGUAGUUUGGAAAGAACUGGUUUUUCAGAUGGAUACGAUGAGAUUGACCUCAGAGUGACAGAUGCUCCAACCACUUCAAUCCCGGACUGUACUCUUCCACCCUUUUCAACAUCACUCCCAUCAGCCUCCACACCGACACUGAUACAGACAACACAGAGUUUAACCUCCAGUUCAUCAUCCUCCCCUGAAACCACCAAACAGCCUGAGACAUCAUCUGCAGGUUCAGGUUACUUCCUGGUUUUGGUCACAUGUGUACCUGUGGUGAUGGUGGUUGUUCUGUUGGUUGUUGUUUUGCUGCUGCUCUACAGAAAAAAGAUAAAGGUCUCUCAUGGUUCAAACACGAGAGGAAAGUCAGACUGCACAGUGAUGGAGGGUGUCACCUAUGAGAACUGUCCUCCAGCCUCCACACAUCAGGACCCCAUCUACCUUAGUCUCGAUCCAGCCAGCAGGGAUCAUGACCAAACCUACUCUACACUCACACACACAUCAUAAAUGAUACUGUCUGAGAGUCAGAGUAAAUCUCUCAGCAUUUAAAACACACACACAGUGUGAAUGAAACUUCUUUUGCUAAUUUUAUGGUUGUUUUAAAGAUAGGUUCACAGUAUUGCAGUAAUGCUGUAAUAAUCCAUCCUGUUCAUUCUGGUUAUUAAAAGAUUCCUUCCUAAUGUA